UGAGCUGAUGGCAGAAAGCUCGGAACAGAUCCUCACAGGUGUCGGGGCAGAGCUUCUCUGGGCUUUCUGCAGAACCCUUCUCGGGCCCUCAAGCUGCUCCCCAUUGGUUGGUCCAGCUGCAGAGAAGGGCAGAGUCACCCAACCGAAUGGGGCUGGCCUGGAGGGGUGCUUCCUGCCAUCCACCAUGCUGCCCCAGAGGGAGCCAUCUGUCCCGGUCCAGGACACGACGCCGGCCCCUGAGCCCAGCCAACCCCGGGAGACGUGGGGAGGGAAGUACGAAUUCCUGCUCUCCUGCUUGGGAUACUGUGUGGGCCUGGGGAACGUGUGGCGGUUCCCGUAUCUCUGCUAUCGCAACGGAGGCGGGGUGUUUCUGAUUCCAUACUCCAUCAUGCUCAUCUUCACGGGUCUGCCUCUCUUCCUGAUGGAGCUCAGCCUUGGCCAAUAUGGUGCUGCAGGACCUAUCAGUGUCUGGAAGUGCUGCCCCCUCCUGAAAGGGAUUGGAAUCGGGAUGUUGGUGGUGUCCUCGCUGGUCUCCCUCUACUACAACGUCAUCAUCGCUUGGACUUUCUACUAUCUGAGCAUGUCCUUCCAGAGCCCCCUGCCCUGGUCCUGCGACGCCCCACAGAACGGCCCCCUCUGCCAAUCUCAGAACGGGUCUUUGGCCAACAGCUCCUGGGCCAGCGCCAGCGAAGCCUUCUGGAACGAGCGGGUGCUUGGGGUGGUGCACAGCUCCGGCCUGGGCGACCCUGGCCCUGUGAGGUGGCCGCUGGCACUGUGCCUGCUGCUGGCCUGGGCAGUUGUCUUCCUCUGCACGCUGAAGGGUAUCCGCAGUUCAGGCAAGGUUGUCUACUUCACCGCCACGUUCCCCUACGUGGUCAUGGUUGUGUUGAUCAUCCGGGGAGCCACGCUGGAGGGCUCCAUUGAGGGCGUCCGCUUCUACCUCUCCGCAGACUGGAGCCGGCUCCGGAGCGCUCAGGUCUGGAACGACGCCGCCUCGCAGAUCUUCUACUCCCUGGGCAUCGGCUUCGGGGGGCUCCUCUCCAUGGCUUCCUACAACAAGUUUGACAAUAACGUGAUCAGGGACACGCUGGUGAUCGCCAUCGGGAACUGCUGCACCAGCUUCUUUGCCGGCUUCGCCAUUUUCUCCAUCCUCGGACACAUGGCUUGGCGGAAGAAGGUGUCGGUCGGGAGGGUGGCAGAUUCGGGGCCCGGACUGGCCUUUGUGGCCUACCCAGAGGCCCUGGCCCUGCUGCCCGGCUCAGUGUUCUGGUCCAUCCUGUUCUUCCUGAUGCUGUUCACCCUGGGGGUGGACACUCUGUUUGGAAACAUGGAGGGCAUCACAACGGCCGUGAUGGAUGAGUUCCCAUCCCUGCGCGACUGGAGGCGCAAAGUGAUCUUUCUGGGUGGGCUUUGUUUUGCCUUCUACCUGCUGGGCCUUCUCUUAAUUACUGAGGGCGGCAUUUACUGGUUCGCGCUUGUCGACACCUACAGCACGAGCUUUGGGCUCAUCUUCGUCGCCCUCUUCAUGUGCCUCGGAGUCGCCUCCUUCUACGGGGUGAACCAGUUUUGCCAAGACAUUGUCGACAUGAUCCGGCUGUGCCCGCCCUGGUGCAGCCAGCUGCUGCUCUACUUCAAGGCCUGCUGGGUGGUCUUCACGCCGGGGAUGCUCCUGUUUACUCUCUUCUAUGUUUUCCUGGACCUGUCUGGCACCACACUGCACUACGGGGCAUACCAGUACCCGCGGUGGGGGCAGGCCCUGGGCGUCUGCAUGGGGGUGCUGACCUGCAUUCAGAUUCCGCUUUGGGCUGGCGUGGCGCUCUGCAGGGAGUCUGGGACACUGGUCGAUCGGUUCAGGAAAGCCAUCCGUCCUCUGAACUCCUGGCGUUCUGCAAACGGCCGCGAACUGCCCCACCAGGUCAUUGACGUCCCCUACACCGUGAACUUGACAGACAGCGACUUUGUGGGGAGUUGGCAACUGCCGGAUUGCAGCGAGGCCUGAUUCUGCGGCCGACACAUGGGGAGGCUUCUGUGCCAGCCCACGUGCCGCCCGGCCACCCCUGCGGAGAGGUUCCAGUCAAAGCAGUGCUCCAGAAGAGAUGCUGCUGCUCGCUGGGGGUCAGCCUCGAGGGCGCUGGUGCCUCCCGCCCAUCUCCCCGCAAGAAGCCCAGGGGGCUCAGCCGGGGCUGUGGCUGCUCUACUCCCUGAUCGGAGGUGGUGAGACUUGGCUCUAGAGGUCUUUCUAGCACCCGCCAGGGCGGGUUUGCCCACCUCCGAAACAGAAGAGGCCAGUCUCUGCUGGGGCUUUGCUGCUCCAUGCCAGUCCUCAUCCAGCCCUCCGCUCACUUGGUGCCUCACCCCCUAGAUUCCUCCUCCUGGAUUCGGCCCCCCGCGUCUCCUUCCAACCUCUGCAGGGCCCCAUACUGGCUCAGCCGCCUCCAGACAAGCCAACUCCCUGUGCUCCCUCUCGUGCAGCAGAGCGAGACAGGGCGGCAGUGUCUGCCCACGAACCGGAGCCGAGCUAGAGAAGAAUCCAGGACAGAACAGGACGCUUCUGGACGAAGUGCCUGGACAGACAACCUCCCUGCCGGUUUUCCUAAGGGGUCUUACAGGCUCUCCCCCCGCCCACCCAGGAUGCACAUGAAGAUGCUUGCCCAGUGUCCCCUCCCUCCUUCCCUCCCCACACAUGGGGGCUUCACGAAGCACUUCCAAUAAAAGGCGAUGGGAAGAACAAGCUCAGGGAAGGUCAGCAUUUGUAGAGGCCCUCCUGGAAACCAGACAAGGAAACCUGUUGUGCCACCGUGGAAAGAGCAGCCGAACCUGCCGUCUGCUCCGUCCCCAGGCUGGCCUCCAGGCCGGGUACUUCACUCUCUCCAAGGGAGGCCCUCCUGGCUAGUGGGGAGAGCACCAUCGGCCGAGAGGCAGGAAUUUCGCCUAUGAGACACGCCUCAGGUCAGGAGAAGACAGAGGCAGCCUCCUCCUUGGUCCCCGGCUGAGCUGGGGGCAGCAGCACUUCUGGCCCCCUCUGCAGCCAUCUCAGAAGGACACCACACAGUUGAGCUUAUUAAAAUAGUCUACAUGCUUUAUUAGAUUCAAAACAGUUUUAUGAA